UGAGACACAUUCUAUUCAUUUGAUUCAUUUCGUAUUGUUUCAAUAUUUCGAUUAGACCCAUUCACUCCACACGGCGGCAACAAGGCCAACAAGUAAAUUAACGUUGUUCAACAUGUGUGGAGGUUGGGCCUGUUGUUCUUAUAACCUUGCGGCUUGCAAUCCCCGCCUCUCCACACUGCGCUAUACGGGACGCUGCUUUGCGCCCACCCCGUGCGGUCCCUGCGAUAACUGCUCGGCUUGCGGGGGCGGUUGCUGUGGUGGCGGGUGCUGCGGUGGCGGGUGCUGUUAAGCCAUAGUUGCCGGAGUCGAGUGGCGAAAAGUUCAGAUCUGUUUCAAAACAACUCACAAAAAUUUCACACACAAGCUACGUCCUGGCAUUUUUGGGUAUCUUCGACAUCACGUCAAAAUGUGUGGUGGCUGGGCCUGCAUCUCCUACAAGUUGGCGG